GGAAGAACGCGACCUGUGAGUGAUAGUGAACGGUUCUUGUUCUUGGGUUCGACCGCCAUUUUGUUGUAAGACGCGUCAAAAGGGCAGUGAGUUAUAAUUGUUUUAAUAUAAUUGUGAUUUACUAGUAUCAGAAACAAAAUGGAACAACAAAGUAAUCCUGAUACAACUAAUAUAAAAGUAGAAUCAUCAACAAACGAUAACAAUUCAGCUCCUCAAGAUCGCCCAAAUAGUUUUAGCGGCCCGAACCGUCGUGGUGGUGGCGGCGGUGGCGGCGGCGGUGGUGAUAGAUUUGGUCGUGGAGGACGUUUUGGUGGUCAAAGAGGUGGUGGAAAUCCAAAUAGAGGUAAUGAUAGAAAUCAUGAUGGCAGGCCAAGACGAGGUGGUGGACAUCUAGGUGGUAGAGGUCCUAUGAAACAAGAAGAUGGUUCAACACCUCAAGAUGGAGAUGGUGGCCCACGUGGCCCUCCAGAACGUCGCUUUGGAAUGCGUGGUCCCGAAGACAAAUUCAUGGAACGUGUUCAGCAGUUAUCUGGACCUACAUUUGAAAUACCUUCAAUUUCAGUGACUGAAAAGAAAUUUAACGGUAGAAACCGUUUAUACAUUGGUAAUAUUGGCUCAGAAGUUGCAGAUGAAGAUAUCAUUGAAUUAUUCAAACCUUAUGGAGAAACUGCUGAAAUCUUCUUGAAUAAGGAAAAGAACUUUGGAUUUAUCAAACUUGACUACCAUAGUAAUGCUGAAAAAGCUAAGCGUGAACUAGAUGGAACUGUUUUGAAGUCGCGUAAUUUAAAGAUUAGGUUUGCUCCUAACUCUGCUACUAUCAAAGUGAAAAACCUAACUCCUUAUGUAUCCAAUGAGUUGCUACACUAUGGUUUUUCUGUAUUCGGAGAGAUUGAAAGGGCUAUUAUCACAGUUGAUGAAAGGGGUAAACCAACUGGUGAAGGUAUUGUUGACUUCUCUCGAAAAGGUUCUGCUUUACAUGCCAUCCGUAAAUGUGCUGAGGGCUGCUUUUUCUUAACUGGUUCACUAAGACCAGUUAUUGUCGAAUCACAUGACAUUGUCGAUGAUAAUGAUGGGUACCCAGACAAGAAUGUUCCUAAAAAGAAUGUAGACUACCAUAAAGAAAGAGAACAUGGGCCAAGAUUUGCUUCACCUGGUUCUUUUGAAAAUGAAUAUGGAAUGCGUUGGAAACAAUUGUAUGAUCUACAUUCUCAAAAAGAGGAGGCUUUAAAAAAAGAACUUGAGCUGGAAAAAGAGAAAUUGGAAGCUCAAAUGGAGUAUGCCAAAUAUGAACACGAAACUGAAGUAUUGAGAGACCAGUUAAGAGCUCGUGAAUUGGAUAAAGAGAGACAGAAGCGUGAAUGGGAGAUGAAGGAAAGGCAAGUUGAAGAGGAGAGGCUUAGGACUGAAGAGCAGAUGAGACGUACACAGGAAGAAAUGGAGUCAAGAAUUCUGCAACAGCAAGAGGAUCUCAGAAGACGUCAACAAGAGAAUAAUCUUUUUAUGCAAGCGCACAAUUUAGAUUCCAUGUUAGAGCAGCAAGAACAGGCUUAUGAUCAACCUGCUGGAUAUGGUCAUCUUGGAGGUUUGGCAUCAGAUGACAACGUUCCAAUGGAUCCAAAAGCAUUCAUGAGCUCAUAUGAGCGGCACAGCAACCGCUAUGAUGGACGUGACAGCGCGGGCCCGCGUGCCGGGUCAGGAAACAUUGGCAGUAGAGGCCACUGGGUCAGCGAUAAUCGUCGUGAUGAUUUUCCCAAUAAAAGACGUCGUUUCUAGAGUUAGAAAACUUUACUAGCUGUCAAGAAUUCCAAUUGAAUUCAAACUGAGCUAGUUUUUAUAUUGUAAUCUAAUUUCUCAUAACUUGUAACUUUUUGCUAGUGGUUUCAUAAUUUCUCAAGAAUUUGACCGGAUUUCAAACUCGGUAUUAAAUCAUGUACAAAACAGAUCUUGUGUUACGAGUAUUACGCAUCUCCAUGUAAUACCAUUAUCAAAAAGUUCCAAUGUAAUAUCUACGUAAGUCAUCAUUAAGCAGUUAGUUUUUAGGAAAACCUACAAUUUUUGCACUUCAUCUGACAGUGAAUUUAUAUAUGCUUAUAUGAAUUCCGGAAAGAAUGAUAAAUUUUUAAAUUUUAAAUAACAGAUAAUUCGUUAACGUGUUAAAUUCUAAGUACAUUAUCUUGACAAUUUAGUGUCUUUUUGUGUGUAACUCGUUACUGGAGUAAGAGUUUUUUUUUCUUAGAAAAUUUUGUCAUAUCUGUCAUUUUAUAUUUUGUAUGAUGGUAACUAAUAAAUAUAUAUUACUUCUAGUAGAAUCUAAUCACAUUGUUUUUUAGUAAACACCUUACCUUAAGUACUUGAAAGAUUCAAAUUUAUAUCAUAAACAUAUAAGGUGCACCGUCACUUUUUUAUUAUUGCCAAAAGUAACUUAUUAAAAAAAUACUUUUUGAAAGAUGACUAGUAUGUCUUGAUAUUGUCACAAAUAAUUUUUUUUUCAUUAAAAAUAUUAAAAACAAAUUAAUUGAAAUCGGACAUAUCUUUGAUACGUUAAAUAUUCUCGCCUUGUAUAAUAGUAAUAAAUCAUGGUUUUAUAUAUUUUUUUCAUGUUACAUUUCUACUUCAAAGUUAUAUUCUAGUUGUUAGUUAUAGAAAUGUAUAAAUAAUUUUAGACAGCUAAAGGAUUAGCUGCAUCUGACUUAUUAUUA